GCCACUUGCUCUUUGAACAGGCCAUCCUAAUAAUAGCGACAGCUUCAAACUUACUGAAUUAAUUAUUCUACUACUGUAAUCACUCAAAAGACACAAGAUGACGAACCUUUUUGAAGGCCUUUACCACACUGUCCAGGGCAUUUUCCAAAGCAUCUUCGCUGUUUUCCAGUCAUUCUUCAACGUGGUGUAUGCUUUUGUGCACGGCGUAGUGUCCCUGGUGUGGAAUGUCUUGGAAAGCAUAGCCGAGUUUGUGGGAGCUUCGGUACACUUUGUGAUCUCCAACAUACUGAUUAUAGGACUAAUCGCGCUUGGCGUGGUUCUUUACAACGAUCGUAACAAGAGAGGCACAUUGGGUAACGAUUUGAAGAAGAAAGCACAAUAGCCGGAGAUGCAACGACGGUGUUAUGGGCGAGAAGGAUAUUUAGGUGCAGGGGGAAGCGUGUAGAUUAGUCGAGGAUGUUGAGCAACCGAUAGCGACGGGUAGAAACUUGUAGUUUUAGUAGGUAUUUGAGGGAAUGGAAGGGAUAAACGAUAAAUAUGCAGUGCCGUUCCUCUCGUCGUCAUCAUUCAC